UGCGGGGAUACCCACCGGUUGUGAAAUGAUUCCCUUAUAAAUAAGUUACUGAAGGCUAUGGGAUCGUCGUUCAGAUUAAUUCCAACUUUACUGAGAGCUGUCACAAGGUCUAACUGUGGAAGAUUUUUUGUGAAAUCAGAAAAUGAUAUCGGAUUUCAAAUGUCGAGAGGGAAAACACUUAAAACAACGGCAAUGUCGAAUACGGCGGAUACCUUUAGGAAAUACCUGAUUGUGGGUUUAUGUAACCAUGGAAUGCCAAAGUCAAGACACAGUGUGGGUGUGCAGGUGGUUGAUCGCCUAGUGACAGACUUGGAUCUAAAAUGGACUAGAGACAAAACAUGUGCUGGCUUUACUGCUACAUUUGAAUUAAAUGAAUCAACUCAAGUGAUAAUGUUAAAACCCAAACAAUUCAUGAAUGCUAAUGGAAAGUCAGUACUUAAAACAGUUCGACAUUAUAAUAUUGACACUGAUAAAGUGUAUCUCAUGCAUGAUGACCUUGACAGAGCUUUGGGCAAAGUCAGCAUCAAGGAGGGCGGCAGUGCUAGUGGUCAUAACGGUGUUAAAUCAGUUCAAGGUGUGUUGGGAUCUGAAGCAAAUAAGAUUUUCAAAGUCCGCGUUGGGAUAGGGAGACCCAGCAGUAGAGACGAGGUGAUAGAAUAUGUAUUACAUAACUUUACACAGGAAGAAUCGGCUGGUGUCCAGGAGGGUGUAAGGAAAGCACUGCAAUCAUUGACCUGGCACUUACAGGACCGAGGGGAAGAUGUGCUUCUCCUAACAAACUUGUAUGGAAUAAAUCCAAAAAUUCUACAACGGAUAAAGAAAAUAAAAAAUCUAAAAGCUAGGGAAAGGGAAUUAUCAGGCAACACAGAUUUAGGUAUGUCAAAGACAUGCGUGACAGAAUCAGAGGAACAUGUGCAAUCAUCAGACAAACAUUUACACACAGCAUCAGGGUCCCAUUUAGACCGACAUGUAAAUGUACCAUCUAUGGACAAACAAAAGGAUACAACAAUACAUAGAACACAUUCACAAGGGGAGGUAACUAUUGGUAUAGAAGUGAAGAGGAUGAAAGGUGAAUGAAAUAUAGCGGUGUAUAAAUGUAUUGUGAAUUCAAGGACAAUAUGACCUUAACUGGGGGUCAAAUGAGUGAAAUGUUGUUCAUGUAUACCUGCUGAAAUAGUUCCGAAGUGGACAUGGAUGACUAUAUAGUACAUGUAACAGUGUAUGUUUAAAAAGGAAAUAAAUUGUGUAAAGUUGAA